GCGCCGGGCGCUGGGGGCCGGGGGUCGGGGAUCGGGGGCUGGGGGCUGAGGACUAAGUCGAGCCAGCCGCCCAGGGCAUCUGUCCGCGCUGUCGAAGGAGCCUCUGGGCUUGGGGCUGGCCGUUAGAGGGCUACUGCGCUGCUUAACUUGAUGGACCUGGGGUAUAAAGGCAGGUCUCCUGUUGAGCUAAAAAAUUAUGGGGUACCAGCUAGGUAGGCAACAUAGCGAGAACCCGUGUCCCCCCCCCCCCACACACACACUAGCGGUUAUGGGGUACCAGCUAGGUAGGCAACAUAGCGACAACCCGUGUCCACACACACACAGUAGGAGUGGUGGCGCGCAUCUGUAGUCCCAGCUACUCGGGAGGGUCGAGGUGGGAGGAUCGCUUGAACCCGGGAAGCGGAGGUUGCAGUGAGACGAGAUCGCGCCACUGCACUCCAGCCUGGGCGACAGAGGAAGACUUCGUCUCAAAACAAAAACAUCAUGGGGAAUAAGGCAAGUGCCUCCAGCGCCUCCUUCUGCUUGGUCUACAUUUUGGGGUGUCGCUACUCUUGUUUGAGGAGGUGAUUAGGACAAACUGUGUGGCUGCCAAGGUGGCCUUUGGAGAAGGGAACAGCUCGGGAUGGAGGCGAGACGGAGGCGGGGCUGUCUGCAGCUGUUCCUGGCCCCCGGGGCAGAGGGCGCCUGAGAAGUUGUAGGGUCUCUCAUAAUCCCUCAGCGCAGCUCUCUCUCGCCCCUCCAGUGCGAAGUACGGAUUCACACAUUUUUGGAGACCUGUUCUCUUGGGGUCUGACUCCAUCUUUCAGGAAGACUGCACCAUGUUUAAGUAAGGAACUGUGAAUGCUUACUUAAACCAUGUUUAAGUAAGGACCUGUCAUUCCACUCCGCUGGUUAUUUGGUAGGAGAUACAGCCCAGGCUCUCACUGCUGAUUAGUGACUCAGCCGCACCACCCAGCGCAAAGCAAAGCGCUGAUGCUUAGGAAGGUCCCGUUUGAGGGACACGCUCAGUGGGGGUCACUUUAAGGAACACAAAGAAAUCCUCCUUUAAGUCUCCUCUGUGGUUCAUGAAAAAGGAAAGAAGCCCUCCAUCCUCACCUAGUCUCAACAGAUGGCUUGAUGAGCAAUUAUCAGGUACCAGCCUUUCACAGAAAACCACUGGAAGAGAUACUCACAAAAAUGAAGGGGAAGAACAGGAAACAGGAAGACAUGAGAUGAAGGAAACAGGAGAUUCAACAUGGAUUUCACACCCUUUGGAGAGUUUCUUUCUUGGAUAAUUCAGGAAGAUGAGAGACUGCUUAGGCGCCACCACUAGUACCAUGAGUCCCUGCACUGGUUAAAGCCAUCGCCACAACCUGGACAGGCAGCAAGGGCUCUGGGUUUGCAGAGAGCCGAAAUGACCAUGACUGCCAACAAGAAUUCCAGCAUCACCCACGGAGCUGGAGGCACUAAGGCCCCUCGGGGGACUCUGAGCAGGUCUCAGUCAGUCUCUCCACCUCCAGUUCUCUCCCCACCAAGGAGUCCCAUCUACCCGCUCAGUGAUAGUGAAACCUCAGCCUGCAGGUACCCCAGCCACUCCAGCUCCCGGGUGCUCCUCAAGGACCGGCACCCCCCAGCUCCUUCACCCCAGAAUCCUCAAGAUCCCUCCCCAGAUACUUCCCCGCCCACCUGGCCCUUCAAGACCACCAGCUUCGGUUAUUUGGACAGAAGCCCUUCGGCGUGCAAGAGAGAAGCCCAGAAGGAGAAUGUCCAAGGCGCAGCCCAGGAUGUAGCAGGGGUAGCUGCCUGCCUCCCCCUUGCCCAGAGCACGCCAUUCCCGGGGCCAGCAGCUGGCCCCCGGGGCGUCUUGCUGACCCGUACCGGUACCCGCGCCCACAGCCUGGGCAUCCGGGAGAAGAUCUCAGCAUGGGAAGGUCGCCGAGAGGUGUCGCCCAGGAUGAGCAUGUGUGGAGAGAAGCGGGAGGGCUCUGGGAGCGAGUGGGCGGCCAGUGAGGGCUGUCCCAGCCUGGGCUGUCCCAGCGUGGUGCCGUCCCCCUGCAGCUCAGAAAAGACCUUUGAUUUCAAGGGCCUCCGGAGGAUGAGCAGGACCUUCUCCGAGUGUUCCUACCCAGAGACUGAGGAGGAGGGAGAGGCGCUCCCUGUCCGGGACUCUUUCUACCGGCUGGAGAAACGGCUGGGCCGGAGUGAGCCCAGCGCCUUCCUCAGGGGGCAUGGCAGCAGGAAGGAGAGCUCAGCAGUGCUGAGCCGGAUCCAGAAAAUUGAACAGGCCCUGAAGGAGCAGCCAGGCCGGGGGCUCCCCCAGCUCCCCAGCAGCUGCUACAGCGUGGACCGGGGGAAAAGGAAGACUGGAACCUUGGGCUCCUUGGAGGAGCCGGCAGGGGGCGCGAGUGUGAGCGCUGGCAACCGGGCAGUCGGAGUGGCUGGUGUUGGUGGGGAGGCGGGCCCACCCCCAGAGAGGGAAGGGAGUGGUUCCACUAAGCCCGGGACCCCUGGAAAUAGCCCUAGCUCCCAGCGGCUGCCAUCGAAGAGUUCCCCCGAUCCCGCUGUGAACCCUGUCCCCAAACCCAAGCGCACCUUUGAAUACGAGGCUGACAAGAACCCCAAGAGUAAGCCCAGCAAUGGUCUACCUCCUUCACCCACACCUGCUGCUCCACCCCCCUUGCCCUCCACCCCAGCCCCGCCAGUCACCCGGAGACCCAAGAAGGACAUGCGUGGUCACCGCAAGUCCCAGAGCAGAAAAUCCUUUGAGUUUGAGGAUGCAUCCAGUCUCCAGUCCCUGUACCCCUCUUCUCCCACUGAGAAUGGUACUGAGAACCAACCCAAGUUUGGAUCCAAAAGCACUUUAGAAGAAAAUGCCUAUGAAGAUAUUGUGGGAGAUCUGCCCAAGGAGAAUCCAUAUGAGGAUGUGGAAUUAAAGAGCCGAAGAGCAGGACGAAAAUCCCAGCAACUGUCUGAGAACUCCUUGGACUCUUUGCACAGAAUGUGGAGUCCUCAGGACAGGAAGUACAACAGCCCACCCACACAGCUUUCCCUGAAACCCAACAGCCAGUCCCUGCGCAGUGGGAACUGGUCAGAAAGGAAGAGCCACCGGCUGCCACGAUUACCCAAGAGGCACAGCCAUGACGACAUGCUGCUGCUGGCUCAGCUGAGCCUGCCGUCCUCACCCUCCAGCCUCAACGAAGACAGCCUCAGCACCACCAGUGAGCUGCUGUCCAGCCGCCGGGCCCGCCGCAUUCCCAAGCUUGUCCAAAGAAUUAACUCCAUCUACAAUGCCAAGAGAGGAAAGAAGAGAUUAAAAAAGUUGUCUAUGUCCAGCAUUGAAACAGCAUCACUGAGAGAUGAAAACAGUGAGAGCGAGAGCGACUCUGAUGACAGGUUCAAAGCCCACACACAGCGCCUGGUCCACAUCCAGUCGAUGCUGAAGCGCGCCCCCAGCUAUCGCACGCUGGAGCUGGAGCUGCUGGAGUGGCAGGAGCGGGAGCUUUUUGAGUACUUUGUGGUGGUGUCCCUCAAGAAGAAGCCAUCGCGAAACACCUACCUCCCCGAAGUCUCCUACCAGUUUCCCAAGCUGGACCGACCCACCAAGCAGAUGCGAGAGGCAGAGGAAAGGCUCAAAGCCAUUCCCCAGUUUUGCUUCCCUGAUGCCAAGGACUGGCUCCCUGUGUCAGAGUAUAGCAGUGAGACCUUUUCUUUCAUGCUGACUGGGGAAGAUGGCAGCAGACGCUUUGGCUACUGCAGGCGCUUACUGCCAAGUGGGAAAGGGCCCCGGUUGCCAGAGGUGUACUGUGUCAUCAGCCGCCUUGGCUGCUUCGGCUUGUUUUCCAAGGUCUUAGAUGAGGUGGAGCGCCGGCGUGGGAUCUCCGCUGCAUUGGUCUAUCCUUUCAUGAGAAGUCUCAUGGAGUCGCCCUUCCCAGCCCCAGGGAAGACCAUCAAAGUGAAGACAUUCCUGCCAGGUGCUGGCAAUGAGGUGUUAGAGCUGCGGCGGCCCAUGGACUCAAGGCUGGAGCACGUGGACUUUGAGUGCCUUUUUACCUGCCUCAGUGUGCGCCAGCUCAUCCGAAUCUUUGCCUCGCUGCUGCUGGAGCGCCGGGUCAUUUUUGUGGCAGAUAAGCUCAGUACCCUCUCCAGCUGCUCCCAUGCGGUGGUGGCCUUGCUCUACCCUUUCUCCUGGCAGCACACCUUCAUUCCUGUCCUCCCGGCCUCCAUGAUUGACAUCGUCUGCUGUCCCACCCCCUUCCUGGUUGGCCUGCUCUCCAGCUCCCUCCCCAAACUGAAGGAGCUGCCUGUGGAGGAGGCGCUGAUGGUGAAUCUGGGAUCUGACCGAUUCAUCCGACAGAUGGACGACGAGGACACGUUGUUACCUAGGAAGUUGCAGGCAGCUCUGGAGCAGGCUCUGGAGAGGAAGAAUGAGCUGAUCUCCCAGGACUCUGACAGCGACUCCGACGAUGAAUGUAAUACCCUCAAUGGGCUGGUGUCGGAGGUGUUUAUCCGGUUCUUUGUGGAGACCGUUGGGCACUACUCCCUCUUUCUGACACAGAGUGAGAAGGGAGAGAGGGCCUUUCAGCGAGAGGCCUUCCGCAAAUCUGUGGCCUCCAAAAGCAUCCGCCGCUUUCUUGAGGUUUUUAUGGAGUCUCAGAUGUUUGCUGGCUUCAUCCAAGACAGGGAGCUAAGAAAGUGUCGGGCAAAGGGCCUUUUUGAGCAGCGAGUGGAGCAGUACUUAGAAGAACUCCCAGACACUGAGCAGAGUGGAAUGAAUAAGUUUCUCCGAGGUUUGGGCAACAAAAUGAAGUUUCUCCACAAGAAGAAUUAAGCCCCCUUCUCAGUAGCAGAGUCCAGUGCCUUGCAGAGCCUGAAGCCUGGGGAGAAGGCCCAGCCUGGGACCCUCUGGGCUGCUGUGGCUCCUCUGCCUCCACAGAUCCCAUCCUCCAAGCCAGCCCACCUCUGCCUUCAUCAUAUCCCAGGAUACUGUUUGUAAAUAAUCUGCUGUAAGCUUUCUUAACUGUUUUUGUAACAAGCAAAGAGAAUAUGGUAAAUAUUUGUAUAUUCCCAAGGGGCCGGGUGCUUUCCUGUCCUGCCAGAGCAUGGAUGAAGUUUUGCUGGGUGCUCGUGACUGGCCAGUUUUGUGCAGCUGACUGUCUCAGCCAAACCACUGAUCUUCCCUGGAGGCCUUCAGCCUGCCUGCCUGCCUGAGGCCCCCGCUGCCAGUCUCGGGCCCUGGAGAGCAGAUGCUGUCUUGUUAUGUACAGGAGGACCUUUUAAAAAAAUCAAGAGUUCCUAUUUUUUUCUGGUAGUCCGCAUACCCAUACCCUCUGUUUUUGAAAGGCAAAGGCCAAUCAGUCCCCAUUUGUAGCAUGGCACCAGGGUCUUAGGCCUAGUCCUCUCAUUCCUCCCACCCUCCGAGAUGGUCAGUGUGUCAUGGGAAGCCCACCCCCAGCUCUGCCAGUGCUCUCUGGGCCUGGCUCCCAGUCAGUGGUGGCCACGAUGCGGUACAGGGCAUUCCUCCUUCCCAUCUACGGGUGUUCUCAAUAAACAAUGUACAGUUGUUUGGGCCCAGA